GGUGGCGAGAGGAAGUGUACCAUUCAAAGAGCAACCCUCGUGUGACGUCAGCCAUGAGCCGCUUCGUCCCGUGCACAGCCAUCUUGCUCAGCGCGGCGCUGUCGCUUCUCUUCAACGUGGUCUGGCGCGCGCAGCUGCCAGCGCCUCUGGACGUGCCACCCACGGAUGGGCGCUUCGCCGGCGCCACCGCCUACAAGUCGCUCGAGACAAUCGCCCGCGCUUCGCACCCGAUCACGACCGACGCCAACUACAAUGUGUACAACUACCUCUACGACGCGCUCGAAGUCCUUCGCACGACGCACCCGCGCCUCGUCCUCGACACGCCCCGGGCCACGCUCGUCGCGGACGACCUGCCAUCGACGUACGCCCCGGCUGUGCCCCGCGACGCCGAGUGUGCCAACGCAUCGUGGUACCUCAACGAGACGCAGAUCAUUGCGCGCGUGCCGGGCUCUUCCAACGAUAGCAUCCUCCUCACGGCCCACUUUGACUCGGUCUCGUCGUCGUUUGGCGCGUCCGACGACGGCGCCGGCGUCGCCGUGCUGCUCCACGUGCUCUCGACGUUGCUCGCGCGCAAUGCAACCAGUAGACACAGCCUCGUUCUCUUUCUCAACAACGGCGAAGAGACCGGGCUCUGCGGCUCGAAAUGGUUUGUCCGGCAACAGUUGGUCGCCAAGUACAACGUCAAGGCUUUUCUCAACAUCGAAGGCGGCGGGGCAGGCGGCCGCGCAAUCCUCUUUCGAACGACAGACGAUGCACUCGCGUCCUUGUACGCGUCGGUCGCACCGCACCCGCACAUGAACAGCCUCGGCGGCUUCCUCAUCAAGGUCCUCGGCAGCGCGACCGACUACGAGAUCUACCAGCCCGCGGGCAUUCCGGGCCUCGACGUCGCGUUCUACGAGCACCGCGAGUACUACCACACACGGGACGACUCUCUCGCUCAUAUUUCGCCGGCCGAUGUCCAAUAUUGCGGCGACAACGUCCUCGCCAUCACAAGUGCGCUGCUGUCGCUGCCCACCUUGCAGUUUGACGCCGCCGGGUCGGCCUUGUACUUUGACAUCCUUGGCUCGUUUGGCGUUGCGCUCACGCCGUAUGUCCGCGCUCUCUUUACGCUGCUUGCGGUCGGUCUCGCGGCGCUCGUCCUGAGUGUGAGCUACCACUUCUUCCCGCUCUACGACACAAUGAUCGUCGUAACCCCCAAGGCAUUUGCCCUCUCGGUGCUCGGCGAGUGGACGUACAUUGUGCGGUCGUUUGGCCAAGCGCUCGUCGGCGGCCUUGUGCUGAAUGCACCCGUCGCGCUGCUCGUGCAUGGGACGCGCCACUCGCUCUUUGCGUCGCUUGCGCUGCCGUGCGGGUUCCUUGGGAACGUCCUCGGCGCCACCGCCGCCGCACACAAGUGGCGCCACGGCCAGCCUCACCCGAACGUCAACGCGUACAUUCAUUUCGCGGCGUCCGUCUCGUCGUGCAGCGCGGUGUUUGCGCUGCUGGCGCUCGUGCCGGGUCCGGUGUUGGUCUUGUUCGCGAUCGCGUCGAGUGUCUACUCGAGUGUCUUGCUCGUCUUUAUGGGCGCGAUCAUGUACUUGCGCUACCACCACGAGACGUACGGCCCGGACGACGAGUCAACGUACAUCCCGACGCGCACGGCCAUGAUGUACUACUCGUCGAUUCGGUUUGAGAACGUGCUCUCGCCGCGUGCGCCGCAGCUGCGCGUCUACCUUGGUCUUGGGGCCGCCCUCGCCAUCUACAUGCUUUUGGCGUUUGAGCUCUCGGUCGACAUCGCGCUGGCAGCUGCGUCGGUGGGCGCCAACGAUGCGCUGGUGCUUGGGGUGUUGCCGCUGCUUUUGACGCCGACCUUGUAUCUCCUCGUGUCGCUCUGCGCGUACUGGGAGCCCAACGCACCAAGCUACCGCUUCUACUACCUUGUGUACACUCUGCUCUGGGUCGUCAUGUCCCUGUGGUGGCUUGUUACGGGCUAACUCGAAGAAGGAGACAGACACGUAUCUUGUUUUGUUGGCAGCUUACAAUGGCAGAGUUGGUUGGGCUCUUGAGCCAAAGGCUC